AUGAUUGAUCCAUCUGGACAACCGAAAAGUGGACCUUUGUUUAUAUGCGGUGUGCCGAAUCAAAAUUAUCCAAUUGUCAACGGCAAUGAUCGACUUCAAUUAGCAAUAGCUGACUAUUUAGAAGAGAACGGCAUCCAAAUCAAAUUAAACCAUAAAUUAACGAAACUUAUUCGAUUACCGGAUGAAAAAUACCAAUUAACCUUCGAUGGCAAUCGUGUAAAGAUAUUUGAACAUGCUAUCUUAGCAAUACCAUCAACUAAACUGAAGUACGUUGAUUACAAUAAAGCACAGUUUGAUGCAUUGAAACAACUUGUCAUCAGCGGACUUGGAUAUGGUACAAACACGGGACUGAACCUUCAAUUUUCUCGACGUUUUCGAUAUGAUAUGUCAUCUGACGGACAGAUCUAUACCAAUUUGUCAUUUCCCAAUUCUUGGAAAUCUUAA